UCCAGAGAGCAGCAUGCCUUUAGCCGCACCACUGCAGAGGCUGCCUCAGCGGCCAUGCCGCACACUCCCUCACUGCUGCCUGCUCUUCAUCCCUUCCCUCAUCAUCUUCAUCCUGGUCUCCCAAGGGCAGGCUUGGCCAUACGACUACAGAUUCCUGUAUAACUACUGCCCGGGGCCAGAGUGGAGUGUGAUGUGCAGAGGGUGCUGUGAGUACGAGGUGAUACGCUGUAAGUGCCCUCUCCAGGGUGCACCAGUGGGCUACUCUGUUCCCUGCUGCAGGAAUGCCCGUCACGAGUGUGACCCCUGCAUCAUCCAUCCAGGGUGCAGCAUAUUUGAAAACUGCAAGCGCUGUAACAAUGGAACGUGGGGUCCGAGAGACGACUUCUUUGUGAAGGGUCAGUACUGCGCAGAGUGUCGCCCGGGCUGGUCUGGGGGCAACUGUAUGACAUGUGGUGGUGUGAUGAGGAAGCGGCAGGGACAUCUCGUGUUGGAGAGUUACCCCACUAAUGCCCGCUGUGAGUGGACCCUGCAGGUGAAUGAGCCGUUCACCGUAGAACUCAGGUUCAUGAUGCUAAGUCUGGAAUUUGACCAUAGCUGUCGCUAUGACUAUGUGGAGGUUAGAGAUGGUGACAGCAUAAAUUCUCGGGUGAUUGGUCGAUUCUGUGGAAAUGAACGCCCACCUCCAAUACAAAGCACUGGCAACUCCUUACAUAUACUGUUUGUCUCUGAUGGCUACAAGAACUUUGAUGGAUUGUUUGCCAUCUUUCAGGAAAACUCAGCGUGUACCUCCUCACCAUGCCUGCAUGAUGGCACAUGUAUAUUGGACUCUUCUCACUCCUAUCACUGUGCAUGCCUGGCUGGGUACACAGGCAUGAGAUGUGAACACGUGUUGGCGUGUAAGAGACCAGCCCAUCCUGAGCACGGGUCCGUGGAGAGUGUGGACGUGAGGGUGGGUGGCCAGGCAUUGUAUGCCUGCCAUCCGGGCUUCACCCUGAAGGGCUUCCGCAUGUCCACCUGCAUGAUGGAUGGCUCAUGGAGUACCCCCACCCCCCUGUGCGUGCCAGAAAAAAACUGCGCUAUUCCACCAAAGCCAUCACACGGAGACCAUUUCCUGGUGUACGGGCCCAACGAUGUGCUUCUAGCUCUGCAGUACCUGUGCUAUAGGCCAUACACACUGUCUGGAACUCCUCAGAGGAUGUGUCUGGACAACAACACGUGGAGUGGAACUGCACCCACCUGUGUGACAGACAAGGAUGUUUCUGUACCAGACAAAGACAUGAAGAAAUGUGAAGAUGGUGGAAAAUGCAAACAAACAGAGUUCUUAGACAAGACAACACAAGAGAAAGAGACAACUCCCAACAAAACAGUAAGUCUAGAGAUACCAAAAAGAGGGAAGGAAAGGACUGACUCAGAGAUUGGGAAAGACAUAGAACAAGAGGUGGGGAAAGAUGCAGGGAAAGAUGUGGGGAAAGACGUAGAGAAAGAUUCAGGGCAAGACACAGUGAAAGACCCAGGGAAAGACCCAGGGAAAGAUGCAGGAAAAGACGCAGGGAAAGACGCAGGAAAAGACGCAGGGAAAGACGCAGGAAAAGACGCAGAGAAAGAUGCAGGAAAAGACGCAGGGAAAGACCCAGAGAAAGACGUAGGGAAAGACCCAGGGAAAGAUGCAGGAAAAGACGCAGGGAAAGACGUAGGGAAAGACGCAGGGAAAGACGUAGGGAAAGAUGCAGGGAAAGACAGUGGAAAGGAGAAACCUACAGGUGGGAGCAAGGAUAAAAUUCUCAGCAAAGCUCCUGAUGACAGCAUGAACACGGUCAGAAAGAAAGACUCAGACAAUGGGAAACCAGCGCAGAAACCCUCAGACAAAGACGGAGACCUAGACAGUGGAGACAAAGGCCAGACUAAAGGUCUGGACGUGAACAGUGUGGACUUUGUGUUAACUGAUGACCAAGGGGUGGAUGAAGGGACUAUGCCAGAUGCAGACAAUGCUACUGAAAAGGACAAAGAAGAAAUGACCACUGACUUACCACAGUACACAAUAGUCAGCUUGAGGAAAGACGAGAAGGACAAUGUCUUUUAUAAAGUACACACUUCAGGCCAGAGCAAUGACACUGGGUCUGUAGACAGCAAUGACAUAGACGGUGGCCUGGGGACACUGCUGCCAAAAGAGACUCAAAAGAUCCCACUGGAGGCCACUGAUGACAACAACACAGAGAAAGCCACUGCGUCAACUCCGAAACCUCAGACCGAGGGACUGACGGUCACAGUGAAGCCUCAGGAGACACAGCAUGGUGUCGAACACGAGCAGGAGAAGCCUCCGAGCCCAGCUUCCAACGCUCAACCUAGAGAGCAGGCCCAGGAGGAGAGCGGCGCUGAAGCAGGAGGCCGACAGCGUGAGCAGGAGACAGGAGCAGAAAACCUCAGCAUUAUCGAGGCAGAGGGCAGGAAGUGCCCACCACCCCCCUGGUUGUACCACGGGUUCUAUAAGUGGGUACCUGGUCUGGAUCCUGAGACGGUGGAGUUCUCCUGCAACCACUCAUACGCUCUGAGUGGUGAUGCUCGGAGGACGUGCCUGGCUAAUGGCACCUGGGAUGCCGCGCAGCCCAUCUGUGUAAGGGCCUGCCGGGAGCCAAAGGUGUCAGUACUGGUGAGACAGAAGGUUCUGCCCCCACAAGUCCCAUUCAGGAAAACCCCCGUGCACAAGUUCUACUCGUCCACCGGCUUGGCGAAGUUCUUCGGGCCGGUGGGUCCCACGAAAGGGCCGCCGGUUCUGCCCCGACUCCCCCAGGGUUUCCACCACCUCUACUCACACAUACAGUAUGAGUGCACCUCUCCCUAUUUCCACCACACUGGGAGCACGCGCAGAACCUGCCUCAAGACUGGCAAGUGGAGCGGGCGCCAUGUCUCCUGCACACCAGUGUGUGGCAAACUGCCAAACUUUGACCCACAACGCCCGGUGGACUCUCAUUGGCCCUGGCUGGCUGCCAUCUACCGCUUCUCUGGCAAGUACGAAGAAGCCCAGCCACAGAAGGAGGCCGCCCUGGUCGGGGGGGUGGGGAAGGGUCUGGGUUUGGCAGACAGUAAAGGAGACAUGGAGGCAGGCAGCUGGCAGCUGGUGUGCAGCGGAGCGCUGCUCAACCAGCGCAGUGUGGUGGUGGCUGCCCACUGCGUCACUGAGCUGGGGAAGCUCCAUCCGCUGGAUGUGGCCAAGCUGCGCGUGGUGCUGGGAAAACAUUACCGCAGUGACCAGCAAGAGCGCAAAGGCCUGCAGCAUCUGCGGGUCUCCUCCAUCACCGUGCACCCCAACUAUGACCCUCUGGUGCUGGACUCUGACCUGGCCUUACUGAAGCUCCUGGACAAGGCUCGCAUCGGGGAGCACGUGCUCCCCAUCUGCCUGCCGGGCGCUCAGGACUACGAGACCACCCCCCCCAGGCGGGCGAUGGUGACAGGCUGGUCCCUGAUCCCGGACGCCGGAGCUGGGGAGAGCGAGCGAGCCCACGUGGGCUCGGUGAUGCUGGGCGAUGUGGUGCAUUGUGAGCAGCAGUACGCCCAGCAUGGCGUCCCAAUCAGCGUGUCGGAGAACAUGCUCUGUGGGCGCCAGGGCCCUGGCGCCAGCCCCUCCAACAUCUGCCCGGCCGAGACAGGGGGGGUCCUAGUCCUCCCGCCCACUACCUCUCCCAACCCCGCCUCCCUGCUCUUCCCAAACCCUGUGCAGGAGUGGAAGCUCCUGGGUUUGGUCAGCUUCGGGUAUGACUCGCUGGACUGCAACCCAGAACUUUAUACUGUCUACACUCAGAUUGGUAACUUCCUUGACUUUUUAGACGGGAACAUGAAAUAGUAAGAAGUUUGUGCAAUUUUGUUCCUCUUUCCCCCAGGCCCUGCCUGUUUCACUCUCCUCCUCUUUGGUUUUCACCUUCAUAAUCCUUGCAUUAUCCUUGUACCUUAUGUAAAGGCUGAGCUAACACUGGACUAUGCAGUGUGCUGCUGUGAGCAGACAGCAAUAGAUAAGAAGGGUAUGGACUCUUGUUUAUGUAGAAAUAACUCUGUACUGAGCUAAGACUAGCUUCUACCAGCUAUAUCUUUGACUAUAACAUGUAAUAAAGGGAACACCAAUUGAUCCUAGAAUAGAAUCAAAGAGAAACUUCUACCAACACUGAUCCCCCUGCCCCUUUAAAAUGUCUGGGUCCUCAGGUAAUCGGGUGCUGUGGAAUUGACCAGAAAACCAAACCUAAUGCAAUAUUUGAUAUCAUUGGUGUUUGGUCUUCUGAAUGUUUUUAUGUACAUAUAUUGUAAUGUAUUAUUCUGCAAUUGUAAACAUGACUGAAAGGAUGUAUAUAUUGUAUAGCUUAUGAGCUUUUAAAUAAAAAUAAUUAGAUGGUUGUGUUCUA